CCAAUCGUUUUUUUCAGAGGGCAUAUGUGAGUGUGUGCUUUCACCGCUUUGUAUUUUUUCGUGAGUAUGGGAAAUACCGAGCAGUAAUAAUAUAAAAUAAAUGUGAAUAUCUUCAUAUUAUAAUACGAACCAAGAGGGCUUCGUCAUGGGGGAACCGCAGCAGGUGAGCGCGCUCCCGCCGCCGCCCAUGCAGUACAUCAAGGAGUACACCGACGACAACGUGCGCAAGGGCCUCGCGCCCAAGCCGCCGCCGCCCAUCCGCGACAGCUACAUGAUGUUCGGCAACCAGUUCCAGUGCGACGACCUGAUCAUCCGGCCGCUGGAGAGCCAGGGCAUCGAGCGCCUGCACCCGAUGCAGUUCGACCACAAGCGGGAGCUGAAGAAGCUCAACAUGUCCAUCCUGGUGAACUUCCUGGACCUGCUGGACAUCCUGAUCAAGAGCCCGGGCAGCGUGCGCCGCGAGGAGAAGCUGGAGGACCUGAAGCUGCUGUUCGUGCACAUGCACCACCUGAUCAACGAGUACCGGCCGCACCAGGCGCGCGAGACGCUGCGCGUCAUGAUGGAGGUGCAGAAGCGGCAGCGGCUGGAGACGGCCGAGCGCUUCCAGAAGCACCUGGAGCGCGUGGUGGAGAUGAUCCAGGGCUGCCUGGCCUCGCUGCCCGACGACCUGCCCCGGCCCGAGGGCCCGCCCCGGGCCGAGCCCAUGGACCUGGAGGAGGCCGGCGGGGGCGGCUGCCCGGGAGCGGGGCAGGACAGGGCCGCGCUCGCCCCAAAGAGGGACACGCAGCGCGACAAGGACCUGGCCAUGUGCAGCAUCAUCGACGAGAUGACCUGAGUCACCAGUUGUUGUUUUUUUUGUUUUGUUGUUUUUUUGUUUCGUUGUUUUGUUCCACCAUUCUGCCUGCGGUGUGUACAUAGUGCUCGAGUGUGAAUAAAGGACUGUAAAGCAAG